GCCUUGGCCAGAGGCGGGCUGGCGCUGACCGUGGCCGAGCCAAAGGGGCGCCCUCACCGAGAGAACUCAGGGCCAUGUCACUGUGUCGCGCGCGGUGGUGGCCGGCGCCCAGCAGCCCGGGGAGGAGGCGGUGCGCGCUGGGGGCAGCGCUCUUAGCGCUCUUAGCCCUGCUGUGGCUGGGUGUAGUGCGGCCGGAGCUCGCUCGCCUGCCCCUGGGACGGCCCCGGCCUGCUGGUACCAACGCAUCCGCGCGCCUCGACCCGGCUCUGGAGCCGGAGGCUGGCGACGGCGGAGACCCCAACGGAACGGUGUGGUGCGUCUCCAUACAGCCCCGGGCCCUCCCUCAGCAGCCUAAAGAACCCCACUUUCGCGCCUUCCUCCGGCACAGCCACUGCCGCUAUUUCCCCCUGCUCACGGACCACCCGGACAAGUGUGGAGGUCGGGUGCGGCUGCUGCUGGCCGUCAAGUCGGCGCCCGAGCACGGCGAGCGGCGAGAGGCCGUGCGGCGCACGUGGGGCCGGGAGCUGCCGGCCUCGGGCUGGGACGCCGCCACCGCCGCCGCCGUGCGCACCGUGUUCUUGCUGGGGAGGGGAGCGGCCGAAGAGGGGCCCCGCGGGGAGGAGCUUCGCCGGCGCCUGGAGCAGGAGGACCGGGCGCACGGGGACCUGCUGCGCUGGGACUUCGCGGACACCUUCUACAACCUCACCCUCAAGGCUGUCAACUUCCUGCGCUGGUUCCAGCGUCGCUGCCCCAGCGUGGAGUUCGUGUUCCAGGGUGACGAUGAUGUGUUUGUAAACCCCGCCAAUUUGCUGGACUUCCUACGCUCCCGACAGGGCGACCCCGGGCUGCCUCAGCUCUUUGUCGGGGACGUGAUCGGCCGGGCUUGGCCCAUUCGGAACCCUCACAGCAAGUAUUACAUCCCGCCCGAACUCUUCAACCAGCCUUACCCGCCGUACGCGGGCGGCGGGGGCAUCCUCAUGGCGGCCCCGCUGGCGCGGCGCCUGCUGCGGGCCUCCGAGUAUCUCCCCCUGUUCCCCAUAGACGACGUCUUCCUGGGCAUGUGCCUGAAGCGGCUCGGGGUGGCCCCUCAGGCUCAUCCGGGCUUCCGGACUUUCGGCAUCCACCGGGCCAGCGCCAACCCCAUGAACCGGGACCCCUGCUUCUACCGGGAACUGCUCAUGGUGCACCAGCUGGGCCCCCCCGCCCUGCUUGACAUGUGGGAGGCUGUGCACAGCAAAGACCUACUGUGUGCCAAGAGUGCCAGCUUCCUCUGAGCCCCCUGCCGCUCAAGGGGAGGCCCUCAGCUGCUUUGUCUCUACCUCAGGGAUCUGUCCCUUAUAACAAAAGUAAAAAGGAAUAGUUCGCCAAAAUACACCGACACAACAAUCGAGUCUUUUGUGGAAUGCACUCAUGUAUUUAAAAUCCUUCAUCUUUACAAACCAUUUGAAUGGCAUUUUCCAUAAGAUGGUUGUUGUCUUGGAACUUGGACAUCCGUUAAAGCUCAUAUGUUGACUGACUCAGAGAAGAACCUUAGAGAUCAUUUGCUUUAAUCUCCUAGAUUAAUUCUUCUGUUGCUGCCCCUUUGCUUGAGUACAUGUGGCCUUCCCCCAAAGUGGAGUCUUCCUGUUAGUGGUGGAGGCAAGGAAUGGCUUUAUGGUCUUGAAGGAGGAUAUUUAAUUCGCUUUUUUGUUUUGUCCUCUCUUCUCUUUAGACCUGAACUUCCUCUUCUGAAAAACAGGGUGGGGAGGGAGAGGGACUAAAAAGUGUUUGAGGUUUCUUUUCAUUUUAGAUGUAUGAUGCUGUGAUCUCUGUCUAGUAAUCACUGGUUAUGGGUUCCUCUGAUUCUGAGUUCCCUUUUCUCUAAAAUAAGGAAGUUAGCUUUGAUGACCUAGAAUCUCUUCCAGGUUCAAGUCUAGGAUCCUGUGAGUAACUUCAUCAUUCAUGUGAUUUUAAUUCUCCAAGUGGGAUGGAGUAGUUGGAUGGUUCUUUCCUUGUUCUUCUGUAGGACUGCCCAGAUUGGGGCAAGUAGAUGGUGCAGUAGAUAAGAGCACUGACUCCAAAUUUUCAAAUUCGGCUCAGACAUUUAAAACAAGUUUGAAUUUAUGAUCAAACAAGUUAUAAUCCCAGUUGCUUUUUGCAAAAGGAAAAAAAAAGAUUAAAAAAGAAUUGCUCAUCUCUAUUGGGAUGGAUCCUGAGACUGUAUGAAGGACUGCAGCCCCCAGGCAAGGAGCAGAUGCAUACCCCCAGGGGAUGAUUUCUGGCCCAUUUUUUAAAAAAGGUAGAACAGUCUGGAUUUUGUUUAUUACUUUCAUGUAAUAAAGAACAUUUUUCCUUG